ACCGCUUAUGGUAGGGUAUUUGAAUGACAAGUGAAUUAUUAUCAUUUGCAUUCGCUUUACUUGGCUUGCAUAAGUACGAUUGAUUUGGUGCUAAUUCGAUUCAGUUUUGCAUCAGUCACAGUCAAAGUCGGUAAUAAAAUAUGGUUACUAAAGCAGUUUGCGUUUUAAACGGGGAAGUUAAGGGAACCAUUUACUUCGAUCAAAGCGGUCCAGAAGCACCUGUCACACUAACAGGAUGCGUUAGUGGUUUAAGCAAGGGUGAUCACGGUUUCCACAUCCACGAAUUCGGUGACAGCACAAAUGGAUGUAUUUCAGCUGGGCCACAUUUUAAUCCCCACGGUAAAGACCAUGGAGGACCUGAUUCUGCUAUCAGACAUGUCGGCGACUUGGGAAAUCUUGUAGCUGAUGCCGAUGGAAACGCUAAAGUGAAAAUAACCGACAGUCAAAUUUCCUUACAAGGUCCUAUGAGCGUUAUAGGCAGAACAUUGGUUGUACAUGCUGAUCCCGAUGAUCUUGGAUUAGGUGGUCAUGAACUUAGCAAGACCACUGGUAAUGCUGGAGCUCGAUUGGCUUGUGGUGUUAUUGGAAUCUGCAAACCUUAAUUUAAAAUUGUUAUGUUGUUAUUUGUAUUGAAUAUAAUGUAUUUGGCAUUCGGAAUAAAGUAAAAUUAGGAGUAUAAUAUUAAUUAGUUUUCUUCUA